CCCCCCCCUCCUUCCCUCGUAGCCGAUACGAUACUCCUUCGGUUCUUCCCCUCCUUCGACGGAAUCGGUAGCUCCUCCGGCGACCGACCCGAGCUUCGCGCGGCAAGAGAUACAGAGCCUUCAGGUUCCAGCUGGUUCUCGUGUCACUUCUGAAGAAUGUUCAAGAACACGUUCCAAUCUGGUUUUUUAUCUAUCCUAUACAGUCUAGGGAGCAAGCCUUUGCAGAUAUGGGAUAAAGAAGUGGUCAAUGGUCAUGUAAAGCGGCCGCAAGAUGAGGACAUUCAGUCGAAUGUUCUCGAGAUCAUCGGCUCGAACAUCCAGUCCACGUACAUAACAUGCCCUGCCGACCCCUCUGCAACGCUCGGUAUAAAGCUGCCAUUCUUGGUUAUGAUCGUAAAGAGUCUCAAGAAGUAUUUCACUUUCGAGAUUCAAGUGCUGGAUGACAAGAACGUCAGGCGACGGUUCCGAGCUUCUAACUUUCAAGCUAUGACUAGAGUGAAGCCAUAUGUUUGUACUAUGCCAUUGAAGAUGGACGAAGGAUGGAACCAGAUUCAGCUGAAUCUUGCCGAUUUCACGAGGAGAGCAUAUGGGACCAAUUACGUCGAAACCCUGCGAGUUCAGGUGCAUGCCAACUGCCGCCUGAGGAGGAUAUAUUUCUCGGACCGGCUUUACUCCGAAGAGGAGCUCCCACCAGAAUUUAAACUCUACCUUCCCAUGCAGAAAACAUGAAGUUGGCACGAGCCUGUCUUAUGUAGGAGCUGGUGGUCAAUAGUUGUACAUCAGACAUACGCUCUUAUUAGGCUAUAAGAUUCAUGAGGGGACAUAUUGGAAUAUCUUGAUCUCUUGUUUAUUGGGUUUCUUGUAGAACAAAUCUUCACGUCUUCUAUGAUCUCUAGUGAGUUUCUCUAAUGUUAUUUGCUUGAAAACGUCUGAAUUUUGACACAUGGACUGAUGAUGAUUGCUACAGCUAAGAAUAUGGUUAUGCCCUCCAA